AGCUGUGUUGACGGUUCACUAAAAUGGCUGCAGCAGCUCCAGUAGAGACGACUUCUGGUAAAGAUGCUAUCGCUGAGGGGCUACUCGACCUUUUGAGGCCCGCUAUCCACCAGCUUGACCAGCAUGUACACUCAGUCAGAGAAAGCCAGGUAGAAUUAAGAGAACAUAUAGACUGUCUGGCCACAGAGUUAUGUAGGAUAAAUGAACAUCAGAAGGUGGCGCUAGACCUGGACCCCUAUGUAAAGAAGCUGCUAAAUGCAAGACGUAGAGUGGUGCUAGUAAACAACAUACUGCAGAAUGCGCAGGAACGUUUGAGGCGACUCAACCACAAUGUGGCCAAGGAGACAGCACGAAGAAAGACCAUGCUGGAGGCUUCAGGAGUGUUCACGUCCCGCUCCCCCAGUAAACCCUGAGCCUCCCCCUGCUCUGCCUACCAAGCACUGUGAACUGUCCUGACCAGUAGGGCCAUGUCAGUAACAUGAAGAGGACAGGUCUUCCUUUGACAUUUACUUAUCUUUUGGUUUAAUGACAUACUGAGGUCCUGCACUGAUUUUUAUUUAUUUUUUGUCAUAAUAAAGUCCCAGCUACUAUCUGCUUAGCAUUCUGCAGUGGGAAAGGGGUUCUUGUCUUAUUUGCUGACAAAAUAUGACAUUCAGCUGUACAUUGUCUCCAAAUUGUACAUUUUAUAUUACACAUGAAGCCACUAAAAGGUCAUGCCAUCCACAUUUGUUUUAGCUUCUGUCUUCUGAUCAAGCAAAUAAGUGUUCCUGAAUAUUGAGGGGCAUUUAUGUAUUCAUAUACAUUGUUCUUCAAUUGAUUUUACAGAUUAAAAAUAUACUUUUACCCAUGA